UAUUAUCGGAGGAGAUAGGGGAAGAUGGCCACUCUCUUGCGGAAAAUAGGACUGAUUCGCCUUAAUGACAGGGAUACAGAGGACCCCAAGCAUCAUCACCACCGCAACCAGCAGGGAUCUGUGAAGAGCAGCAAGGGGAAGAACUGCAGCAACAAGCAGCAAGGAGGUUCAGCAGGAGGAGGCGGCAGUAGCGGCGGGGGCAGCGGAGGCUGCUGCAGCAAUAACUCCACCACCACCACCGAAGGGAUGCUCGGCCAGGCUGACAUCAAGGGCAAAAAGACUGAGCAGUGUCACAAGGACAAGCAUGGGACAGCAGCAGGCAAGGAGAAGAACAGUGCCAAAGAGACUAGCACCCCGACCAUUACAAAAGAAGCCAAGCAGCCAGGGGGUGGCAGCGGGGGAGGGGGCAACAAGCAAAGUGGGGGCUCCUCCUUGCAGCCCCUGGUGGUGCCCCCCAACCGGCAGCACUGCACCCAGGUCAGGAGCAGGCGGCUGAUGAAGGAGCUUCAAGACAUCCGCAAACUGAGCGACCACUUCAUCUCUGUGGAGCUGGUGGAUGACAAUCUCUUUGACUGGAAUGUCAAGCUGCACCAGGUGGACAAGGACUCCACCCUCUGGCAGGACAUGAAGGAGACCAACACCGAGUACAUCUUGCUCAACCUCACCUUCCCGGACAACUUCCCCUUCUCCCCUCCUUUCAUGAGGGUGCUGACCCCCAGGUUGGAGAAUGGCUAUGUGCUGGAUGGUGGUGCAAUCUGCAUGGAGCUGCUCACCCCCAGAGGAUGGUCCAGUGCCUACACAGUGGAGGCGGUCAUGAGGCAAUUUGCAGCCAGCCUUGUGAAAGGACAGGGUCGUAUCUGCAGGAAAGCUGGAAAAUCUAAAAAGGCCUUCAGCCGAAAGGAAGCAGAAGCAACAUUUAAGAGUUUGGUGAAGACCCAUGAGAAGUACGGCUGGGUGACCCCACCUGUAUCUGACGGCUGACAUGAAACACCCAACUAAAACAGACUUCUAGAAAGGGAACCACCUCACCGAGAAAAUGAAUAAAUAUAUGAAUAUAUUUAAGAAAAA